GCACAUGUAAACAAAGAGGGAAAACUUGUUUGUAAACAAUGUUCAAACUGUAUAUUGAUGUUUGAAUAAAAAUGGAUAACAAGAUGACAGAUGAAAUGGAAGAAGAUUUUGAUGAUGAAAAUGACUGUGAUGAUGAAAGCAGCAUUUCUGAGAACUUUGUAAAAACAGCCAUCACUGGCCGUGGUGUUACUUUACAGAUGCUUAUUAUUGAUGGCAUUAUAGAACCAGGCAAUGGACUUCUGACACUCAAAUAUUUAGGAAGAAAAUUCAUCGCUGACCUACUGCCAAAUGGUAAAAUAAUGACUCCUGCCACCAAAGAGAUGUUUGGCACACCAAGUGCUUGGGCUGCACAUUGUAAACGGCAGGUUAACCCCCUGAAAAAAUCUGGUUGUGGAUGGAAUUCUGUGAUGUACAAAGGUAAAAAGUUGGACAUGUGGAAGACAUCUUGGUUCCGGAAACAUAGACCAGGUAGUCCUGCUAGGAGGGAGUCUGUCUCGCCAAGAGUUUUUAUGAUGGAACAAAAUGGUGAAAGGCCAGGAAGUGCAGCCAGUAUACAAAGUAACCAUAGUGACCGUCCAAAAGUAUUUGAUUUUAGCAAUCUUGCUAGAGGUGUGUCUAAAGACCACAAUGACCAGCAGAAUGGAAGAAGUCAGAAUGGACAAGUUUCAAAUUCAGCUACAGAAUUCAAAGAAAUACCUCCUCCAAUAGACCUCAGUGUGAAAUCCUCAAUGGAUAAUGGCAAUGACUCUUCUCGUAGAAGUCCUGGAGACAAUUACAAGCCUGACAUACAAGAAGAAGCUUUAAAUUUGUCAAUGAAGGAACCAGAGAAAAAAAGUACAAAGAUUGAAACAGGGAACAAGGAAGUUAGAGUCAAACAGAUGGUAUCAGUUCAUCAUUCCAACUUAAGGAAAGGGAACCAGGACUUAAAGCCUGGUACUUUUGUGUUAUGUGAAUCAUUUAAAUCAUUAGGAAAGACCCAGCCAUUCACAGUAUCAUUAUCAACAAAUGUUUUAUUACUUAUGGAUUUCCAUUGCCAUCUUACCUCAAAUGAAGUCGUCGGAUACCUCGGUGGAACAUGGAAUACACAAACUCAGCAUUUAAGUAUAAUAGAAGCAUUCCCAUGUAAAAGUCAGUUGUCAGAUGGACAGAAAUCUGCUGAUGUUGAAGAAGAGAUAAAAAAGAUGAUGAAGAGGCGAGGGUUGUCAUUGGUCGGCUGGUACCAUAGCCACCCUUGCAGCCAACCAGAUCCUUCAAUACGAGAUAUAGGUUGUCAGAUGUCAUAUCAACUUCGUAUGAAGGGAUCUGGUGCUACAUAUUAUCCCUGUGUGGGUAUCAUUACAUCACCAUUCCACAAAGUCCAGUCCAGUAUUGAUUCCAGUUAUAAUAUGUUUAUGGUCAUGCCUCCAUUAGAGGAUGAGCCUGCAGACUGUGGUAUACCUAUGAAAGUAGCAUAUGUACUUAAUCAAAACCAAUCAGUCACAGAGGAACUGCUGAGUGAGAUGAAAAAAGUGAGGGAUUUUUACAGAGGGACUGAUGACUGGAUAAACUUCAAUCAUUCCUGGCAAUCAUCAAUCAAAUAUAUAGACAAACUCAAGGAAUCAUUGACCAGAAAACUACCUGCAGAUCAGAUGGACAGUGGAACACUGCUGGAUUUUGUAGAGCACCUUGUUCUGAACAUUUAAUGGUUAAGUUGGAAAUACUUAUAAAUCAAAUGAUAUUUUUGACGGAGAAAUGUAAAGAUUCUGGGAAAUCGGAAUUGUGGAGGAUUCACUACAUAAGAAGCAAAGCCAUGAAAUAUGAGACAGGAAACUGUUGAUAUACUUAGUCAUGAAAUUGUGAAAAAAAAAAAUUUAAAAUUUGUUGAAGAAAACUUUGGAUUCUGGCAUUUUUAUUGAUUGAGACAAAAAAUGUAUUUUCAUGAUGACUUUAUUUUCUAUUUUUUUUUACAAGUUCUGGCAUUUAAAAUUUAUAAAUGGGCAUUAAAGGAAAUUUGGUUGUAAGCACAAAGCAAAUAUUAUAUUUAUAUAAUUGAUUGAGAUGUCUCUAAGAUUUCAUUUUGUGAUGUAUCUUUGUACAAAUUAUGUUAGUGGGAAUAGAACACUGCUUUACCUAGGCAGUAGCAAUAAUAGCAAAAGGGAAGGCAAUAAUAGUAAUGAAAUUAAGUCAGCAAUAAUUAUAGUGAUAAAAAGUAUGCUGCUUUGCUUUAUAGAUUUUUUAGAAUGUGGCAAUAUUGAUUGUUAUUAGUAGACAUAAAAUUACAAACUUUGUUAAAGGAUUACAAAAAUGGUAAAAGGCUACUCUGUACAUGAGGUUUAAGACAUCUGUGGAAAUAGGCAAUGCAAUUUGAAAUUAACUUUAGAAUACAGCUGAUCUUUAUCUAUGUGGGAACUUUGUGACAAUGCAUAAUGAUGUAUAUUAGAUUAAGGGCCUUAGUCAAAACUUUUAAUUUUGUGAAUUUGAAAACAUUUGCAGAAAAAUCUGCCAAUUUUAAAAUUUUCUGCCAUGUAGUUUUCUUACAAUAUGUAUAGUAGGCUUGAAAUCAGCCCUAUGCAAUUCAGUAGAAUUUGGGGUCAAUUUUAGGCUUGAGGCCUCCCAUAUAAUAUCAUAUUAUACAUUGGGGCCAAUUUUAGGCUUGACGCCAGCCCAAUACUAUCAUAGAAGACCUUGACCUUGGGACCAGCCCUAUACUAUCAUAGUAGACCUUGGGACCAGCCCUAUACUAUCAUAGUAGUCUUGAGGCCAAUUUUCCAAAUAAAUACACUGCAAAUAUUUUUUUUUCAUUUUCUUUUUGUUCAUCUUUUACUUAAUCAAAAUCUUAUACAAAUUUUUAUAACUAAAAUUGAAAAAGGCUGUUCAAUACAAAUAUUCAUGGAAUCCAAGGAAAAAAAUAUCCAAAACCUCCACUAUGGUAUUUGAUAUACUUUUUAUUGGUUAAGAGAAUUUCUAAAAUUGCCUCUUAAAAUGAUUACCCCACUUUCAAAGUGCUGUCCUGUAUUCUUUAAUUUUUAGGCUAUUUUUUUCUCUAUUCUUUAUUCUUUGUGUCCAUUUACUCUAUUCUUUAUAUUUUACCACCAAAUCUGUCUCUAUUCUUUAUUAUUUUGUCCCAUUUCUCUCUACUCUUUAUUAUUUUGACCCAUUUUUCUGUUCUCUGUAAAUUAUUCUCCAUUCUGUAAACCCCAUCCAGACCCUCCUAAUUAGCAUGACAAGAAAUACUUGAUUUGUUUGCCAUCUACUUUUUCUUCUUCCUAUCUUAGAUAAAACAAUAAAACAAUAAAUCAGACAUGUGGGAAAAUACAUAUUUAAAAGUUCCACAAUCUUGUUAUUUUUUAAAACAUUAUGAGUUAUAUACUCCUGGACAUGUCUGUUCCUCUGUCUGUUUGUUCAUUACUAGCUGAGUUACCAGAUGAUAAUUAAAGUACCGCUUGACCAAAUCUUUUAAAGUUUAGGUUUUAUAAAAUUUUGGUCUUGAGCAUCACCAAAGUGGCAUUGACUGUUGAAAUAGGUAUCUGCUGUAGCAAAUUUGGUACUGUUAAGUUAUUGCUAUUGAUAACUUUUGUACUGUGCACUUCACAGAUAGAAAACGAAGACAUACUUCACAUUCCUACUUGUUUCUUUGUCAACUACUGCAUAUACAAGGGUUGUUUAUAUAGUUGUCAUAUCUUAGAUUGAUUGCCGGACAAUUGAUAUAAAUAUCUAAAUAAGGCACAUUUUUACUAGUUGUGCAUAAUUCAUGAUAACGAAUCUCAUUUUUUUUCUGAUGUAAAUAUUUAUGUAUCAUUGUUAUACCAUUGUUAUGUUAAAAUGUAUUUUUGUCAGAAAAUUAAGCCAAACAAAUAAACCAUAUUGUAUUAAUGUAAAUACUUCAAAAUAAUUAUAUUUAAACGGAUGCAAUAAAAUAAGAAAUAUUAUA